CCGACCCGACCCGAUAUUUCUUCAAUUCGAUCGAUCACCAUUGAUCCCCAAUCGCUGCUACGAACAGCAAGCUUCGGCGAAAAUGGGAUUCAUUACGACUCUUUAACUCAUCGAUCCCAAUUUGAAAACUCGCAUUUCCAUUGAUUCCUUUGAUCAGUUCUCAAGUCGAAGGUAAUUUUGAAUCAGGCGCGAUACUCCAAGUUAGGAUCUUCGGUUCGAGCUUUUGUGUGAUCGAUCUAAAAGGCUAUAGAAUAUGGUGAAACCAUCGGAUUUCAAAGCAAUUCAAGGGUUUAUUCGGCUGCAUUACACUCGGGUCAACCCUGUCACAAUUGGCCGAUCAAACCCAUCAGCUUUGUCUUCUCCAGCUAUUCCCUCCAAUGGUGUUUCUCAGCUUCAGCCUAAGUUUAGCUUCCACAGCUUAUCCUCGAAACCCACUUCCAAAAACGUGGGAUUAUAUCAGAUUCUGUCGUCUCCUAAGCUCAAUCCUAAGUUGCAGCAAGCUUUGGGUUUGCCUCGUGUGAAUGUGAGUUUUGCAUCGGCGUUUAGAUUGGUAUCCACUAAGAGCUCUGGAUUUCGAAAGGUUGAUGGGAGUUUUGCGAGAAAGGUUGUUGAUAAGCCUGUCAAAGCUGUUAGUUCUACUUUUGCUAGAUACCGUGAGGCUAUAGGGUUGCACAUUGAUGCAUUUUGGAAAAAGAAUAGUCUUGUUGUGUUUGGAGCUGCAGGUGUUUUUGUAUGUAUUUUCCUUUGGCGGAUUAUGUUUGGAAUUGCUAGUACGUUUGUUGGCCUCUCAGAGGGCAUGGCCAAGUAUGGGUUUCUUGCACUCUCCUCAGCCAUUGUAGCAUUUUCUGGAUUAUACCUCCGCUCAAGGUUUACAAUUAAUCCGGAUAAAGUUUAUAGAAUGACCAUGAGGAAGAUCAACACGGCAGCUGAAAUUCUAGAAGUUAUGGGUGCUCCUCUGUCAGGAUCAGAUUUACGAGCGUAUGUGAUGUCAGGUGGUGGCAUAACAUUUAAGAAAUUCAAGCCAACAAUUAGGAGCAAGCGCUGCUUUCUUCUAUUCCCCGUUCAGGGUUCUGAGCAAAAGGGCCUUGUUAGCGUUGAAGUUAAGAAGAAGAAAGGCCAGGUUUCACUUUCUCAACUCCUCAGUUCCUCGUUUACUCAACUUUCUUCUGUCUUGUUCAUGUUGUAAUCUUCAGAGUUGUAAUUAGCUUUGACAAAGUUCAGCAGCUCAACUCUUAGCUAUAGGUCUACUGUAUCUAGCCUAGGACUGAAUGUUGUAGAUUAGAGCUGUUGUGAGUUGGCUAGAGUGCAGUUUGCGAAGGGCUGAGUUUAUAAGGAUGUCUCGGCAGAUUUUUUGGUUGUAGAUUUCGUAAGGUUGGUUGGGCAUUUGGUUAAGCGGAGAGAUAAUCUUUUCAUUCAUCAAUCUCUCUAUGCUGGUGAAUUUGGAAGAAGAAUUGGAGUUUCAUAGCUGUUCUUUCAGUUUCAGUUAAACGUUUAGGCUUGUAUAUAUAACAUGUGGAAACUGAUAUUACAUGACAUUGCGUAUGCCUGUCUAGUCUUUUAGGUGCUUUCAUUUUUUCAUACCAUCAGCGAAUCCCUAUUACCAAUCACGCUCCCUAUAUUGUGAGUUUGGUCUACUUCUUAUGUUCAUGUGUCUGUUUCUUCAGUAUGACAUGAAGCUUUUGGCGGUAGAUAUUCCAAUGGCAUCUGGUCCCGACCAACGGUUAUUUCUGAUUGGCGAUGAAGAAGAGUACAGAAUUGGUGGUGGUUUAAUCUCUGUGUUAAGAGACCCUGUUGUGAAAGCAAUGGCAGCAACUAAGGAGUUCGAUAAUCUUGAUAGAAUCGAAGAGGAAGAAGACGCUGAAAGAGAACUUCAAGAAGCUGAAAGAAAGCAUCGUGAAGAGAUCGAGAAACUCGAGAAGGAGGGCUCAUAACUCGUAUUUUCUUCCCCAGAAAUAUUUUCUUCUUCGGUGGAUAUAAGAACAACACCAUGAAUCUUUUCCAAAACCCAGUUUUUUUUUUGUUUUUGCUAACUUUCGAGAAAUAAAUUUCCCUGGCUAUGUUGAUCAGAGGAUGCUAUUGUGAUUACUGAUUCUUCUUCAUACAAGAUGUAUCUCCUUGUUAGAGCAGCCUGUGCUGUGAAAAACCGUUUGGUUUAGAACUUUUGUCUUCCAAAGUAUAAACUGGUGUAAGCUUAAUAAAGGCCCACCAUAGCCCGCCCAAAAUAGACACAGCGUCAUUUUCUAUGUCGUCUUCAACCAGUUUCUGGUCUACAAAAUUAGUUAUGGUUAAUCGAACCAAUUUCCCAUCGCAUGUAUGAUGUAACCCAAGA